AUGGUGAUGCAAACCAGCCUGAGAGAAGCCAUGAACGCCCGAACCAUCACCGGCUCGCCCACCACCGGCGGCCAGACCAUGGUUCUGGCCCACGGGUACGGGGCGGACCAGUCGGCCUGGGACCAAAUCCUCCCGGCGCUCUCCCAACACUACCGGGUCGUGGUCUUCGACUGGAGCUUCUCCGGCGCCGUGAAGGACCCGGACUUCUUCGACCCGGCCCAUCACGCCACGUACGAGGGCUUCGCCGACGACCUCGUUGGGCUCAUCGAAGAGAUGGGCCUGGAGUCCGUCGUCUUCGUGGGCCACUCCAUGGCCGGGAUGAUCGGAUGCAUUGCCUCCGUCAAGAGGCCGGAGCUCUUCAGCCGCCUCGUCCUCGUCGGCGCGUCUCCUAGAUACAUGAACGGCGACGACUACGAAGGCGGCUUCGACCGAUCGGACAUCGAGGGCCUCAUGAACAACAUCGAGACCAACUUCACCAACUGGACCCAGGCCUUCGCCGCCAUGGUCGUCGGCGGCCACGCCCCCGCCGCCGUCGACAAGUUCGCCGCGUCCCUGCGGCGGAUGAGGCCGGAGGUGGCCCUCGCCGCCGCCAAAACCGUGUUCUACUGCGACCACAGGGACGUGCUGGAGAAAAUCUCCACUCCGACCACCAUCGUGCAGACGACGCGCGACGUCGCCGUGCCGACGUCGGUGGCUUACUUCAUGCAGGAGAGGAUCAGGGGGAAGUCGACGGUGGAGAUCAUGGACACCGACGGCCAUUUUCCUCAUCUCACGGUGCCGAAGGAGCUGCUUGGUUUGCUUGGCGGAGUUCUUGGGUUUGAAAGCUAA